AUGGAGGACGAGCUGAUCGCCCAGCGCGAUGCGGCCAUCGCCGUGACCAAGGAGCUGCAGCGACAGCUACAAACGCACCGUGAGGAGGUGGAGAGGACCUUCGAGCGACGCACGCUAAACGCGGAGAGGCUGCGGCUGCACGCGGAGGAGAAGCUACGGCGGGCAGUGGAAGACCGCGACUGGAGCGAGAGCUGCUGCCGGCGCUUGUUGGCGCUUGCUUUGUUCCUGAGCUGCGGUGGUGCCGUUGUGGGAUGGGCUUUGGGGCUACUGGUAUUGGUAGCGGUGGGUGAGCCGCUCGUGGGCUUCCUGUUAGUGCUGCCCGGCAUGGCGCUGGGUACUUUGACAGGGCUAGCAAUAGCCAAGACUAAGAUUCAACUGGAAACAAGACGUCGAGAUGCCAGGAACAGAGAAGCCAAACGCCAUUCAGAGGUGGAAAUGGCCGUCAACAGCGGAAUAGGAGAAGAGGACGCACCACUGGAGCCACUGGAGGGCGUCCCGGGCAUGGAGGACGUCGCGGAGAAGAAUGCUCGGCAGGCGGAAUUGGACAGGGCAAAGGAAGCAGCGGAGGACAAGCAGGCGGUAGCGGGGUCCAGAUCGCUGUUGGGCAUGGGCUGGAACGCGGCGUGGUUCACAUUACAGACAUCCAAGGACAUUGCAGUGGGGUUGUACCACGGAGGAGAUUAUGUGCGAAGCAUCUUGUAUCCGCCAGAAGACAAACAGAAGAAGGACAAGUAGCGAGUGGAGGAAUCCACAGUGGAUGGGUGUGCGAUGAUAAAACUUUUAUUAUAAAAGGACGCUGCGUGUUGGAUGCAGCAAAUCUAACUUCGUGCGAGGAGGCCGAA